AUGGGUUCUUCAUCGUCAGUUACCACGAUUUGUAUUCGAAUAGAAUGUAAUAAACCAUGUUUUGUCGAAACAAAUGGAAGAAAGCAUCCAUUUUGUGGGAAAACGUGUGCAAAAAUUUUUAUCGAUUCAAACUUGUCAAAGUGCUCUAAUGCAAAUUGUAAUCGAAACAAAUUUAUUGAUCCUUCUGACCAAAAAGUAUAUGACUAUUGUGGAAAAACAUAUUCGACAAAAUACUAUUCAUACUGCUCUUCUAACUGUUACUGGUUGGAAACUACAACACUUACGCAAACAAAAUUAACAUUGUUGGCUCCAGACGAUUUGGAUUACGAUGUGGCAAAAAGACCAUUUCUUAACGGAAUCCCAAGUGCAAAAAUUCAUGGGAUUAUUCGAAUCCAAAUGCCAAAAAUUAUCGUUGACGCACAUCAAAUUUUGAAAAAACAACCCGGUUUAAAAUCAUAUAAAUUAUUUCAUGGCACUAAAACCACUUGUGAUCCAAUGAAUAUUACAAGAUGUUUGAAAACUAUUUGUAAUACUAGCGUUAAUAAUAAUUGUGGUGUAUGUGGUAUAAUUACCAAAGGCAAUGAUACAACCUGCUCUAGAUAUGGUGGAACUAUGUGGUUCGCACAAUCUUCAAACACAUCUUUGUGUUAUUGUUCCGUUGAUAAGGGAAAUAAAGCGAUGUUUCUUCUUGACGUUUUGUCGAAUAAUUCACCAGAUCCUGGAUUUUUGACCGUUAAUCAGAAUGCGUUAUUUUGCUAA